AUGGAGUCCAUGAAGAGAUCGCCGACAUUUCUUGUGGGGACGGUUCAGCAGAAAGACAUUCUGGGGGAAUUCCAGAAGCGAGAGCAGCAUUACACAGAAGAGUACUCAAAGAAUAAGCCGCUUUGCUUUAGCGCCAGAGCAUAUCAACAGCCGCAUCCAGCAAAAGUGAGGAUGGGUUACAAGGAUGCUGAUGCAACCUUGACUUCUCCAAUGCUUCUGGGCGUUUGUGACGGUGUUUCGCAGCUAGAGGAGCUUGCACAGCUUGGAUUUGAAAUCUUUUCAAUUUAA